AUGGGGGCUCAACUCUCCAGAUUGCACGUCGAGUCCAUGGACAGCUCUCACGAAACCCUUGCAGAUGCUACAAACGCUACACAAGAGAAAGCUCCAGACACGACUGGCUCUAUGCUGCGUGUAUCAUUGUGGGCCGCAUUUGCCGCGUGGAUCGCGAAUUUCGACAACGCAUAUUCGGGGAUCGUCCUGAUCAUGCCAUCUUACAAGCGAGCAUUUGGAACUUGCGAGCAAAUACUUGAUACAACCACAUACACCAAAGUCGAAAGUUGCUCGCUGACGCCACUACAGCAGUCAUUGAUCAGUCUGAGCUAUUUGUUCAUUGCUGUUGGUGGCGGGAUCUCUGCUUUGACUAGCCAUCGCUAUGGGCGCCGCGGUGCAAUCCAGAUUGGAUGCAUGCUCGCCAUCAUUGGAGCCGCUGGAAUGCUUGGUACAAGAGGCGGCUUUCUUCAAUACAUGGUGUGCAAAUGCAUCAGCGCAGUGGGCGUUGGUCAGAUCAUGGCAUCCAGUGUCACAUAUAGCUCGGAAUGCAUUGUUGCCAGUAAACGUGGGAUUUCCUUGGGACUCUAUAAUGUUGGACUUGCCAUGGGAAAUAUAGCAUCUUCCGCAGUCUGUGCUGGCUCUUCCCAACUGGAGCCGCAUAAUGAUUGGCAGUGGAAAACACCUAUUCUGUGCCAGAUUCCACUUGGUCUCAUUCUCGGUACUGGUAUUUUAAUGUUUCCUGAAUCUCCACGCUGGUUCAUGGGUCAUGACCGAGAAGAAGAGGCACGCCAAUCAUUCGGUGUUCUUCUUCGUCAAAACCCAUACUCGCCCGGAAUUACUGCUCAGAUUGAUAACAUCAAAGCAAAUAUUGCACAAGAGCGCGAAAACGCCAAAACAGUCUCCUGUUUGGAUAUUUACAACAAAAAGCACCUCCGUCGAACUCUGACCUCCGCGUUCAUUAUGGUUGGCCUGACCAUCUCUGGCAUUCAGUUUGUGCAGCCAUACGCUGCAUUAUUCUUGAAAGGCGUUGGUAUCAGAAACCCAUAUCUGAUCAAUGUUAUUAUUGGUCUGUGCAUUUUAGGAGGAUCAUUCCUUGGCCCUUUUAUUGUCGAAUACGGAGGAAGAAGAGUUGCCAGUAUAUCAGGUUACAUAGUUAUGGCAACCUGUAUGCUUGUCCUUUCUUCCGUCAAUACGGCCCUUGGCAUGAGCGACAUUGCACAAAUUGUGGUUGUUGUUCUACUAUGCCUGUGGGCUUUUGUAUUCGGGGGAACCAUUGCAGCAAGUGCAAACUUGUCCGCCGUUGAAAUGCAUAGCGUCUCUCUUCGCACCUACGGGCAAGCAAGCACAACAAUUAUUUAUGGUAUAUUCACAUUUGGUGCAACAUUUUGGACCCCUUAUAUGCUCAGCCCCUACUAUGGAGACAUGGGUCCCAAUGUCGGUUACUUCUAUGCUGGAGUUACCAUCUCCAUAGCCGUGAUUACCUUCCUGCUGGUACCGGAGACUGCUUGCUUGACACUUGAGCAAAUUGACGAUCAAUUUAACUCUGGGAUCAAAGCAUGGAGAACAUCAGUGCUGAAGAACAAGUCUUUGGCUUCCUCCAAGACACAAGGUGCGGCACGUGGAGCUGUCAAGGUCUGA